CGACAAGUUUCGACAAGCAUACACUGCCAAGAGGUACGAACUGCUUGGUUCACGAUAGACGUACGUGCUGCUUAAUUCCUGAUAGGUAAGGCCGAUUCGUAUAUUUGCUUGAGACGUCUUCCCUGGAUACCAAAAAUACGAACUGCAUGGUGGGAAGGCAUAGCCUCAAGGGUGACGAAGAAUGCUUGCGUAAAGCGCACCCAUGUCCACCUGGAGGAUGUGCUCAAUGAGGACAAAAGCACGGCCGUCAGUGAGCGCUUCCAUAAAUCCUCAUCAAGAUCCACAGUAUCUCUCUUUUUUUGACACUGCACCAAGUUGCUCUUACACUCGUUCACUUCUUUUCAGGUGUUGUCUGCAUACCAUCCAGUCGUUUCAAUCGAAAAUUAAGCAUGUUCUUCUCUCGCCUUGCCGUGCUUAGCACGCUUCCCUUCCUUUCCCUGGGGAUGAAGAAGCGUGCCGUCCCCUCCAACUUCGCGCUGUACGGAUACGGCGAUGGCCUGGGCGGCUUUCCCUUGUUCUACGCAGACGGAUUUGCAUACAUUGGCGAACCCGCUAAAUCGAACAGCAGCGAUGCCGCCACCGUUGCUUUCUCUCUUGGAACUGACGAUGUCUGGAUCGGCAAUCCCAACAACACGCAGUUGACCAACUCCACUGCAGCGACUUGGUCGAAUGUGACCUUCUACGUUCCGGACACCACUGCGACGGACAAGCGUAUUGGAUUCCUGUCAAGUAAUGCGUCUACUGAUGGUGCUGUGGAGACCGGCUUCUUCUUCUACGGGUCGACCGCUGUUCUCAUCGGAUCAGAUGGAACGCUAGAGUCAAGCUGGUACGCACUUAAGGUCGGCGAUCGUACCCACCAACUCUACUGGAAUGACACCAGCCUCGGUCAAGUACCCGUCAUUCUGAGAAGCAUUGCACCGUCGAGCCCACCCCAAUCGGGGUAGGAAGUCGGCAUUUGAGGGGAUGACUUUAGAAUGACGUGGAUCGAUAUGUGAAGGGCGCAAGCAGGUCGGCAGUAGAUGGGACCGCAGGGAUGUUUGGUGGGUUCUUUUGCGCAUGCAGCAUGUCUCGUAGAGCAAUGUAUUUCACGUGUUUACCCGGUGGCCCUCUUCUGCUUCUAGUCCAAUAGCACACGCUGUCAAGAAGUAGUCGGCGUUCAUGGUGUGAAGGUAGUGCUGACUGAAUAUUCC